AACAAGAAGACUGUUGCAAGAAAUUGAUGAAAAUAGAAACUAUGCUGAUUGUGAUGUUAAUAAAAAUGGAGAUAAAGUCAAUACUGUAAAAAUACAAGGAAUUCUUGAUAAAGAAAUAAAUGUACAACAACAUUUCAAAGAUCUCUGCAUUUUUUUUGAAAAAUAUAAAAAUGAAAAUCCACAAGAUAAAUUAGCUGCUUCGGGUAUUAUGGAUCUAACUUCAAAAAGUAUACUUUCAAACAAAGUUCCUGAAAAAACCUAUAGAACAUUUAUUUCUUCACUAGACACAUUUGAUAAACUAAUCCCUGAUGAGGCACAUGUAUUUCUUGUUUAUUUUUUUGGACAAGCAGCAUUAUGGUUUUGUUCAGAAACCUAUUAUUCUUUUGGAGAAAUACCUUCAAUAUAUCAUAUAAAGUCUCAAAGAGGGGAUGGUGUUGGUUUUACAACUGAUGCUAACAGAUAUCAAAUAAUUUAUGUUGAAGGCAGUCGGCCAUAUAAAGCAACAAAAAAAAAAGAAACUGCUGAUUGUACAAAGAUAGCACACAAUUUAAAAAAUAUGUAUUCUAAGAUUAUUAAAGAUAGAGUUGAAAAAAGAAAAAAUAUUAUUCCUGAAAUGAAAUUAUUUGGGGCACACAGUUUUAAAUUGAAUGUGUUUUUAUAUUUCUUGGAUUUUGUUGAAAUAGACAAUGUAUCUCUUCCUCAAGACAUGUCAGAGAUAAAAGACUUUGUCAAUUUUUAUGAAGCCAUAAUUAAAUGGGCAUUAUUGACAUCUGAAUUCAAACUUAAAUCAUCUGGUCCAGAAUCAAGAAUAUGUUCAUCUCGUUUAUCUUAUAGGUCAAAUUUAAGAAAAUCAAAUGAUUUGCUCGAGUAA